UAGACUUGGCGUUGGUCACACUGCCAUAACGAAAAACAAUAAAAUUGUAGCAAAACUAGUUAGAACAUUAAAUAUACCAAAAUUUGUAGUUGAUAAACACAAAUCCCGCGUGUGCCGUAGCUAUUCGUAAGUUACUGCAAUAUAAGGAAACAUGGCAACGCUGCCGCCGCGUAAAAAUCAAACACCAACUCGCAUCUGCCAAACGAUGAAGCCGCAUUUGACUCCUUUACAAACCUUGCUGCAAAUGGGCUUCCAGAAGCAUAGAGCCGAAAAGGCGCUGGCUUCAACCGGCAACAGGGGCGUGCAAAUUGCUUCAGAUUGGUUGCUGGCCCACGUAAACGAUCCGACGUUGGACGAGUGCGCGCCACGCGAGUACAUCAUAUACGCGUGCCCAACUGGGCCAUUCUUGCAGCAGCUGGAGGAGUUCUGGUCAAAGUCGCGCCAGGUGUGCGGCUGGAAUGGAGCGCACAACUAUGUGCCGCACAUAACGCUGGUUUCCUUCUUUAAGGCACCCGAUGAAUGCUCCUUGCAGCUGUCCAAGGCGCUGAAGCAAGUCGUGGACAUGACGGGCGCACUGCUAGAUCGCCCCAUCAAAUUGGAGCCAUACAUGAGCCAAAACUUUAUGGGAUUUUUUGUGGCCGAAGAUGAUGCCAACUACUUGAAGCGUCUGGCCUUGCAAUAUGUUAAGGAGGUGUCCAACUCAAUUAUAAGCGAUACUUACGAGCAGCUGGACGCCAUUGUGGCCUGCUUUCCCUGGUGCGGAGCAGUAUCCUCGGGUACCCGCUGUAUUCCGCGCAGCAGUCGAUCUAUAUCACUCGAGCCACACGUAAAGAGCCUGCACCUGACGCUCGCCUAUCAGUUCCCGCAGGCACAAUUCAAUGCACUGAAAUCACUUGUGGAAACCCUUGAUGCCAGCUGCGCUUCCAAUUGGGAACUGCGACUGUAUUCCCGCGAUCCACGACUCGCCACCAAACAAGUGCAGAAGGUGAUAUAUCCCCAUAAUCCGCACGAAACGGACGAGCUGGAACUGCGCAUUGGCGACUACAUCUACUUAAACAGCGAGGGAGUUGAUAGCUCUUGCGACGGCUGGGCGGAGGGCAUAUCGUGGCUCACAGGCAGCACGGGACACUUGCCGGUCAAUUACACGGAACGCACUGCUGAGUCAGAUGCCUGGACGCUGCAUCGUGUUGUUCAGCUUUCCAAGAGUGUAGCAUCCUCGCUGAAUUCUGCUGAGGAUCUAGAUAUUGUAGACGGGCGCAGCAUAUCCACGGAGCCCGAGGAGCGUCAACGCGAACUGCAGCAAAGUGCGCAACAUCCGGAGAUUAUAGAGGGUUCUUCGUUUGAGGAAUCGGAACAGAGCGUUGAGAAAUACUUGCGACAGACACUGCAGCCCUGCCUGGAGCUGCCGUCGGUGCAACUGCUCAACAGUAACAAUCUAACACAUCCGCACAAUCCACACACGCCUACAAUUGAGAUCACCGCCAAUAUGUCUUCGAACUCUAAUUCGGUAUCUAAAAACAUUGAUGAGAUAAUGGUGGAGCCACUGGCGGUGCAGCCGCCUAGACCCGAUGAUACGCUCAGCGUGCACUCGGACCACGAGCACUCCUUGCUGCCCAACACAUUGGAUGCCAUGCACAGCGGUAACCGCAAGGUGUACAUUAUGCGCCAUGGCGAACGGGUGGACUUUACAUUUGGCACCUGGAUACCCUAUUGUUUUGAUGAGUUCGGCAAUUAUAUGCGCAAGGAUCUAAACAUGCCCAAGGUAUUGCCGCAUCGUAAAAACAGCCCCGAUGGCUGGCAGAACGACUCACCGCUGACAAACGUUGGCCUCUACCAGGCGCGUCUCACCGGCGAGGCGCUAUUCGAGGCAAAGGUCCAGAUCGAUCAUGUGUACUGCUCGCCCUCAUACCGAUGCGUGCAAACCUGUACAAGCGCUUUGGAGGGCCUCAAACUGAGUGGAAACCACAAAAUCAAGCUGGAGCCGGGACUUUUUGAAUGGAUGGCCUGGUAUCCUAAUGGCGUACCCGAUUGGUUAAGCAUCAGCGAGCUGAUCGACUCCAAGUACGACAUUGAUUUAAACUAUGAGCCUGUGCAACAGGCCGCAGAAUUAACAGCCCAGUUAAAGGAAUCCACGGAGCAGUUCUAUAUGCGCAAUCAUAAGGUUCUGCUGCAGCUGCUCGAGCGCACGACUGGCAAUAUUCUCAUUGUCGCACAUGCCACCACACUGGACACCUGCUCGCGUCAGCUGACGGGCGGCGCGGCACGCAGCACUAGUGAGCUGCGACAGGUUAUACACAAAAUACCCUACUGUAGCCUGGUCACGGUGGAGCAAAUGGAUGGUAUCUGGAAGCUGGUCGAACCCGAUUGCCUUCCCGUCACGCACUCGAAAAAUCCGCGAUUUGAGUGGAAUGUGCUGUCGACCACCUAGUGCCCGUGCUUGGAGCAGUUUCUGUGCACGCAUUGAGACUGAUAAAGACAAUUCAAAAAAAAAAAAAACAACAGACGACCAAACACAGAACCGCACACAUAUGCAAACAUACGUAAAUUGUUAAGUUUAUGGAAUUGGCUGCCAAAGCGUUUGUAAAAUUGUUUGCUCUUAAUGAUAUAUAUAUAUAUAUAUAUUCACUGAUGACAAUUGUAUAACUGCCAAUCAUAUAAAUUGAAAGCCCAUGUCUAAAAUUUAAGCAUACAAAAA